AUGCCAAUCCUAAAGAAAGCCACAGAGAAGAAAGAGAAUGAAAUGCACAGCCAAGAUGAAAUGGUAGUCCCCAAGCUUCCAGUGCCACCACUGCAACAGACAUUGCACAUGUACCUUCAGUGCAUGAAACAUUUGGUGUCGGAAGAACAGUAUAAGAAGACCCAGGUCAUAGUAGAGAGGUUUGGAGCAGCAGGAGGCCCAGGAGAGCUCCUUCAGCAAAAGCUUCUCGAAAGACGGGAAAAACUUGACAAUUGGGUUUUAAACUACUGGCUAGAUGAUAUGUACCUCAACAACCGAUCAGCUCUUCCAGUCAAUUCAAGCCCAGCAAUUAUCUUUGCCCACCAACAAUUCCAAGACGCAAAUGACCAACUGAGGUUUGCUGCCAAUCUCAUUUCUGGAGUUCUCGAUUAUAAAGCUCUGCUGGACACCCAUGCUGUACCUGUUGAUUUUGCUCGUGGGCAGCUGUCUGGCCAUCCUCUCUGUAUGAAGCAAUACUAUGGACUCUUUUCUUCCUAUCGUCUUCCAGGACAUACCAAAGAUACCCUCGUGGCCCAGAAAAGCAAUAUCAUGCCCGAACCAGAACAUAUUAUUAUUGCUUGUAACAAUCAGUUUUUUGUUUUGGAUGUUGUCAUUAACUUCCGCCGUCUCAGCGAGGGGGAUCUUUUUACUCAGUUACGUAAGAUAGUCAAAAUGUCAGAGAAUGAAGAAGAGAGACUGCCUCCCAUUGGUCUCCUGACAUCGGAUGGGAGGACAGAGUGGGCCGAAGCCAGGACGAUCCUUGUUGAAGAUUCUACAAACCGAGACUCACUUGAUAUGAUUGAACGAAGCCUGUGCUUAGUAUGUCUUGAUAGCCCAAGUGGGGAAGAACUCAACGAUACCAACAUGGCUUUGCAACUUCUACAUGGAGGAGGCUACAAUAAAAAUGGUGCCAACCGUUGGUACGAUAAGCCCAUGCAGUUUGUCGUCGGAAGAGAUGGAGUCUGUGGAACGGUGUGCGAACAUUCCCCUUUCGAAGGGAUUGUCCUGGUACAGUGCAUCGAACAUUUGCUCAGACACAUGAAAGAAGGUGCAAAGAAAUUGGUGAGAGCAGAUUCAGUGAGCGAACUUCCUGCUCCAAGGAGAUUAAGGUGGAAAUGUUCCCCCGAAAUUCAGGGACACUUGGCAUCAGCAGCAGACAAGCUUCAAAGGACGGUGAAGAAUCUAGAUUUUAUUGUUUAUAAAUUUGAAAACUACGGAAAAGAGUUUAUUAAGAAACAGAAGAUGAGCCCAGAUGCAUAUAUCCAAGUGGCACUGCAACUGACAUUUUACAGAUUGAACGGGAGACUUGUCCCCACCUAUGAAAGUGCUUCCAUACGGCGAUUUGAAGAGGGAAGAGUAGACAACAUCCGGUCUGCAACUCCUGAAGCUUUAGCUUUUGUAAAAGGAAUGAUAGAUAAAAAAACAUCCUUAAAGGACUCUGAGAAAAUGCAGCGUUUUAAGGAUGCAAUAACAGCUCAAACAAAUUACACUAUUUUGGCUAUUACAGGAAUGGCAAUAGACAAUCAUUUGCUGGGACUGAGAGAGAUGGCCCGUGAACACUUCAAACAACUGCCAGACAUAUUUACUGAUGAAACAUAUUUAACAAGCAAUCGAUUUAUUCUCUCCACCAGCCAGGUUCCAACCACCAUGGAAAUGUUCUGCUGCUACGGCCCUGUGAUCCCUAGUGGCUAUGGAGCCUGUUAUAAUCCACAGCCAGAGCAUCUCUUGUUCUGCAUUUCAAGCUUUAAAGACUGCAAAGAGACGUCCUCCAGCAAAUUUGCUAAAGCCCUGGGAGAAAGCCUUGUGGAUAUGAAGGAGCUGUGCAACAAAUGCAAAUCGAUUCAGGCAAGCCCCCCAGUGAAACAAGAAGCCCCCUCAACAUCUCAACCUGGUCCUAAGCACUAACUCCAGGUGCUCUCCAUAACCCCUUCCUUCCUUCCGUUUUGCAGAUGCUUCUUAAGGCAGACCAGUGUUGCUGUACAAAAAGCAAGCUGUAAAAGGGAGCCUAUUUACGACAGAGAGGAGAUGGCCAUUUUUCUUUUGCUAGGAUUUUUCUACUGGUAUUUAUCACGGUGAUAGCUUAAAUGAUCUUC